ACCGUUUACAUUUUUUUGUAGCCACCUCGGUUUUCUCACUGCGUAACAGCGGUUAUUUCGUCUUCCUCUCGAUCUCAUUUUCUUUUUUUAAUCUCUUUAACCUAAUCUUUUGAAUGUUAGGUAGCCAUUGUCGUAAAUUUUCGUUCCUCUUUAAAAAAAAAAAAAAAGAAACCGAGAUGCUCUUAAUUGGCUUAUCCUAUCUUGAUUCUACGCUGUUGAUUUGACUGUUUGCUUUGCUCAAAAUUUUUAUUCUGUGGUGAUUUGGUCAGAUCUAAUCUAUCUGCUUUCACCCACGCAAAAAAUAGCUCUGAUUUCUUUCAAACAAGUUUGAGCAAAUAAUUCAUUAGAUUUCAAGGUUUUUCCAACUCAAAGUUCUGGUAAUAUUGUGAAUGAUAGCAUCUGGGUUUCUUUCAAACUAAUCCAAGUUUGAGAAUUUUCCCGGAAAAAUUCUUUUUUGAGGAUUUAAAUUCGUGGGUUCUUAUAAAAAUGGUGACCGUCAAUCUGGGAAUGCUCCAUUAUGUACUAGACCACAUAUACGGUGCGUUUAUGCACAGAACAAAGUUAAGUCCGCCAUUUUUCUCCGGUGGUUGGGGUGGACCGAAGCUGGAUCUGCUCGAGAGAAUGAUCAAGCAGCUCUUCCCUGAAGUUGGUCAGAACUGGCCCCCAACUUUGAUUCAACCAAUCUGGAGAACUGUUUGGGAGACGAAAACUGCUAUACUGAGAGAAGGGGUUUUCAAGACGCCGUGUGAUGAGCAGUUGCUCAGAGCAUUACCGCCGGAGUCCCACAAUGCGCGGGUUGCUUUCCUCGUCCCAAAAUGUGUAGCGCCCCAUAAGAUGGCAUGUGUAGUUCAUCUUGCAGGCACUGGGGACCAUACAUUUGAGCGCAGGUUACGCCUUGGUGGACCAUUGUUAAAGGAAAACAUUGCAACAAUGGUUCUGGAAAGCCCUUUCUACGGUCAAAGACGUCCUAUGCUGCAAUACGGUGCAAAACUCCUUUGUGUCAGUGACUUGCUCUUAUUAGGGAGAGCAACCAUUGAAGAGGCACGUAGUCUUUUGCAUUGGCUAGACUCUGAGGCUGGUUUCGGAAAGAUAGGUGUUUGUGGGCUUAGCAUGGGUGGUGUUCAUGCUGCAAUGGUUGGAUCAUUGCACCCAACGCCAGUUGCAACCCUUCCUUUUCUCUCUCCACACUCCGCAGUUGUGGCAUUUUGCGAGGGGAUACUAAAGCAUGGAACUGCAUGGGAGGCACUGAGAGAGGAACUUGCAGUACAGAAAGCUGCCAUGACGCUUGAGGAGGUGAGAGAACGGAUGAGAAAUGUCUUGUCUCUCACAGAUGUCACACGCUUCCCAAUCCCGAAAAAUCCCAGUGCUGUAAUAUUUGUUGCGGCAACUGAUGAUGGUUACAUCCCAAAACACUCGGUAUUGGAGCUUCAGAAAGCUUGGCCUGGUUCAGAGGUGAGAUGGGUGACCGGCGGACACGUCUCCUCCUUCAUUCUUCACAAUGGUACCUUUCGCAAGGCAAUCGUUGAUGGUCUUAACCGAUUAGAACGGAAAGAGUCCCCUUUGUGACGCACAUCAUAUACGAUGAAACUCGUGACGAGGAUACUGCAAAUAUCUUUACUCUGGGGUAAUCUACUUCGCCCUAUACCGGAAGACUUGUAAAUUUCAAUCACAGUUGAUAUUCUGAUAGCUUAACCCCUGAUAUGAAAGGAAAGAUGUGGGGUUUUUGAGCUGUGUGUGAAUAAUUUAAUUUAUCACCCCCCCUCUGCUACUAGUCUGUUGUAAAUUGACAAGAAGCCGAUGAAAAUUUGUUCAUUUGAAGAUGGAUUUUUUAUACA